AUGGAUUCAAGCCUUCCUUUGUCUGCGGCAGCCUAUCGACCAUCUUAUCCACCUAUUCGUGCUCCACCGAGGAUGCAGCCGCCGCCAACGAUUGUGUCUCCUUCCUUCCCAACGACGCCCGACGACCCUCCCGCUCAUCUUGAUUUCACCUCUGUUGCAGCGCCUUUGCCUACGCAACCAGUCAUCGCCUGGUCGUUUCCAACGAUGAUCGAUGCCCCUGUGGAUGCUUAUGCCACCACCGCUGCAGCCGCCAUGCCCCCACAAUUCUCUUAUUCUAGAGACGGCUCUAGAUCCAAGGCAUGUGCCGCCUGCAGAUUCCAGAAUCAAAAGUGCAAGAAAGACUGCCUGCUCGCGCCAUUUUUUCCCGCAUCAGAAGACAGCAAGUUCCAGAAGGCUCGCCACCUUUUUGGGGUCAGUAAGAUGCAGAAGAUCCUGAAGGGCCUCCUCCCCGAACAACGCGCUGUCGCCAUGGCGACCAUGAUCUACGAGGCGGAGGUGCACGCUGCGCACCCAAACACAAGAUGCCUCGACAUCAUCCUCCAGUUACACAGUCAGAUCGAGCGCAGAGCCGGUCAUCUCGCCUUCCUCCGACAGCAUCGUCGCCCCUCCUGCACCCAACUUGGAUACUAUUGGCACCGGAGAUGGUGGAAUCAUUCCUCCACCCUUGCAUUAAUUCCCUGA